GAAUGGAGAAAAAAAGGUGGGAAAAAAACAGUCUUUCAUCUUUAAAAGCAGAGCUCAAGUGGCAGGUAUAAUGGCAGCGACGGCAGCGAGCUAAGCAGAGCUCGAGGGCCAAGUGCAGAGGACUGAGGCUGACUAGAGGAGGCAGAGAGGGGUUCCCUUUUCCGCUGCUCGUAGCCAUGGCUCUCCUCCGCUGCAUCUUCCUCCUCGCUGUCCUGCUUCCCCACCAGUACCACAAUGCCGCCGCCGCCGACGACGACGACGUCGCCUCCGCGUCCGUGAACCACGGCCCGGCGCCGCACGACUACAGGGACGCGCUCACCAAGUCCAUCCUCUUCUUCGAGGGCCAGCGCUCGGGGAAGCUGCCGCCGUCGCAGCGCGUCACCUGGCGGAGGGACUCCGGCCUCUCCGACGGCUCCUCCAUCAAGGCAAGAAAACCCCCCUGCGUUCCACCGAUUUUCAUCCCCGCAUCGCGCCGUCUCGCCGGAGUUUUCACCCGCAUUGUGCAUCUUGGUCAGGUGGACUUGGUGGGAGGGUACUACGACGCCGGCGACAACAUGAAGUUCGGCUUCCCGCUGGCGUUCAGCAUGACGAUGCUGGCGUGGAGCGUGGUGGAGUUCGGUGGCCUCAUGAAGGGCGAGCUCCAGCACGCCAGGGACGCCGUCCGCUGGGGCUCCGACUACCUCCUCAAGGCCACCUCCCACCCGGACACCGUCUACGUCCAGGUCGGUGAUGCGAACCGGGACCACGCGUGCUGGGAGCGGCCAGAGGACAUGGACACCCCGAGGACCGUGUACAAGGUCGACCCGAGCACCCCGGGGACCGACGUCGCGGCCGAGACCGCCGCGGCGCUCGCCGCCGCGUCGCUCGUCUUCCGCAAGUCCGACCCGGCAUACGCCAGCCGCCUCGUCGCAAGGGCCAAGAGGGUGUUCGAGUUCGCGGACAAGCACAGGGGCACGUACAGCACCCGGCUCUCGCCAUACGUCUGCCCAUACUACUGCUCCUACUCCGGGUACCAGGAUGAGCUGCUAUGGGGGGCGGCAUGGCUGCACAGGGCGACCAAGAACCCGACGUACCUGAGCUACAUCCAGAUGAACGGGCAGGUGCUGGGCGCGGACGAGCAGGACAACACGUUCGGGUGGGACAACAAGCACGCCGGCGCGAGGAUCCUGAUCGCCAAGGCGUUCCUGGUGCAGAAGGUGGCGGCGCUGCACGAGUACAAGGGCCACGCCGACAGCUUCAUCUGCUCCAUGGUGCCCGGCACCCCCACCGACCAGACGGAGUACACCAGGGGCGGCCUCCUGUUCAAGCUCAGCGACAGCAACAUGCAGUACGUCACCUCCAGCUCCUUCCUCCUGCUCACCUACGCCAAGUACCUCGCCUUCUCCAAGCAGACCGUCUCCUGCGGCGGCGCCGCCGUCACGCCGCAGCGCCUCCGCGCCAUCGCGCGCCGGCAGGUGGACUACCUCCUCGGGAGCAACCCGAUGGGGAUGUCCUACAUGGUCGGGUACGGCGCCAAGUACCCGCGGAGGAUCCACCACCGCGCGUCGUCGCUGCCGUCGGUCGCCGCGCACCCCGCCAGGAUCGGCUGCUCGCAGGGGUUCACCGCGCUCUACUCCGGCGUCGCCAACCCCAACCUCCUCGUCGGCGCCGUCGUCGGCGGGCCCAACCAGCAGGACCAGUUCCCCGACGAGCGCAGCGACCACGAGCACUCCGAGCCGGCGACCUACAUCAACGCGCCGCUCGUCGGCGCGCUCGCCUACCUCGCCCACUCGUACGGCCAGCUCUAGCCUCGGGAGAUCUUGAUCAAACAAAUCGUCCCAGAUAAUAGUAUCAUCAUUUCCAUGUCAUCGUAAUCUAAUUAGUCGGUGGGUAAUUUCGGGGCAAGUUAAUUAGUAGUAAUUGUGAUCUGGGGACCCCAGUGCAUGCAAAAAAACAAGAGCACUAGUGGGUCUAAGUAUUCAUUAGGGUACGUAAUUAGCGUGCUCGCUGGUGUUAAGCGUGUGUUCGUGAUGCGGCGGACGAAUGUUCGUCCGGACAUGUACCGGGUUGCAGCUCGCAACUCAUUGCUAAAUCAAGUGUCUUUUAUUAUCUCU